AGCCAUUCUGCAGAGCGAGUCCACUAAAGUCAAGUUUCUGUUUCCCUUCUUCAGAGAGCUGAACUGAGAUGGAUCCUCAGACAGUGAAGUGGAAAUCCUGUGUCGUCCGGCUGCUGCUGCUCACUCUGUGCCUCAGAAACACAUCAUCAGCAGCUGGGAGUGUGGAUGAACAUCUGGAGGAACAUCUGGAGGAACAUCUGGGGGAUAAUCUGGAGGACUGUCUUCAGGACAAAGACUACGAGGUUCUCCUGAACACGGUGAAGAAAGGCCUUCCUCACAUCAACUCCUCCCAUCACGUGGUCAUCGUCGGGGCUGGGGCUGCAGGACUGACGGCCGCAAAGCUGCUGCAGGACGCCGGGCACCAGGUAACCAUAGUAGAGUCCAGUGGGCGUGUUGGAGGCCGGGUGCAUACCCACAGGAACAAGACGGAGGGAUGGUUCGCUGACCUGGGAGCCAUGAGGAUCCCCAGCUUUCACCAAAUCGUCCUCUGGUUUGCUAAAGAACUGGGGGUGAAGCUGAAUUCAUUCGUCAUGGAGGACGUGAACACUUUCAUCCUGGUGAACGGGCUGAAGAAGAAGAGGACGUACGCUGUGAUCGCUGAUCCAAACAUCCUGAAUUAUACAGUGUGGAAUAGCGAGAAGGGGAAGUCUGCAAACCAGCUGCUGCAGGGAGCUCUGCAGAAGGUGAAAGAUUAUGUGAAGGCAAAUGGCUGCAAAGCCUACCUACAGAAGUACGACCAGUACUCUUUGGAGGAUUAUCUGAAUGGAGAACACGUGAGUAAGGAGGCGAUUAGGAUGAUCGGAGACCUACUGAACCAAGAUAGCCUGAUGAACCUGGCUCUGACCGAGGCUAUCUACCUCCAUAGCGACGUCAACAACACCAUCAAGUACCAUGAGGUGACCGGCGGAUCUGAUCUGCUUACCGAAGCUUUCCAGAAAGUCCUCCACGUCCCCAUCUUCCUCAACUCUAAGGUGAAACGUAUCUGCCAAUCAGAUCGAGGGGUCAACGUGUCCUAUCAGACCAAUCGAGAACUCCCUCUUACUGACCUUCAUGCUGAUGUGGUCCUGGUGACCACCACGGCCAAAGCAGCUCUUUUCAUGGACUUUGAUCCACCUCUGUCCAUUAAGAAGAUGGAAGUCCUGAGGGGCGUCCACUACGGAAGCUCCACUAAGAUCAUCCUCACUUUUAAAGAGAAGUUCUGGUUGGAGGACGGCAUCCAUGGCGGGAAGAGCAUCACCGACGGUCCUUCUCGGUUCAUCUACUACCCGAAUCACAGUUUCCCGAACAAUAAGACCAUCGGGGUUCUCCUGGCUUCCUACACCUGGGCCGAGGACUCCCUCCUCUUCCUGGGAGUGAGCGACGAAGACCUCAAGGAGUUGGCGCUGAGAGACUUGGAGCAGAUCCACGGGAAGAAAGUGUGGUCUCUUUGCACCGGGGUGGUGGUGAAGAAGUGGAGCACCGAUCCUCACAGCCUGGGCGCCUUUGCUCUCUUCACUCCCUACCAGCAUUUAUACCACUACUCCAAGGAGCUGUUCAGAAGUGAAGGCAGGGUGCACUUUGCCGGGGAACACACCGCCUACCCUCACGCCUGGAUCGAGACGGCCAUGAAGUCGGCGAUCAGGGCGGCUAUGAACAUUAACAAAGAGGCAGCGAGAACUCAACAGCAUGACGAGUUGUAGCCUCUUAAAUCCUGCAAAUACUAGAGCUCGCUUUAGUUUUAAAGCCGUGAUGCAACAAGCAGAAAAACCAAAAGUAUAGUAGAAGUACUCAGAUCUUGUACUUGAGUAAGAGUAGAAGUACCAGAGUGUAGGAAUACUCUGUUACAGUAAAAGUCCU